CUAAGCUGACAAUUCAGCGACAUGAUGGAAUCAGCUCCACUCCAUUAAACAAACACCAAAAAGAAAGAUAAACCCCAAAUUCUCAUUUUUACUCUAUCCAAACCCUAGAUUCAAUCGUCGCCCAUCUUCCCUCCGAUGGCAAAUUCAAAGAAACCGGGCGGUCUCCGCGAGAUGCUGGAAUCGAUGUACUCCGUCAUCGCUCUGCUCUUCAUUUUAGUAGCCUGCGUCGAACUCUGCGACGCCGCCGCUGCUGUCGACGUCUACCGUCUAAUCCAAUACGACAUGUCCGGUUCACCUUUCGGAUCUCGAUUCGCCGCGCUCAACCAUCACGCCGCCUCCUUACAUUUCCCUCCCGGUGUCGAUCUUUCCAGAACCGUUCUCAUCAUCCCUCUACGUGAACUGAAUAUCACUUUCGUUCGAGAAUAUAUCAAUCAAAAAAAUCCGUUGGGAGGAUUGUUAGUUUUGCUUCCUGAAGUACUUAGCUUUAAAACUGGAGGGAAUAAGCAAGUUCAUGAAAAAGAGAAAAUGAAAAAUUUAUUGGCAGAGCUCGAGCGAUUGCUUGUACAUUCAAAUAUACCUUAUCCUGUCUAUUUUGCUUUUGAGAACGAUGAAAUUGAUACUGUGUUGGCUGAUAUCAAGAAGAAUGAUUUGAUGGGUCAGCCUGCUACUGCAACUACUGGCGGAUACAAGUUUGUUAUCCCAACAACAGAACCUAAGAAAGUUGCAUCUCCCACAAUGACUAAUAUUCAGGGGUGGUUGUCUGGAUUAAAAACUGAUGGAGAUGCAAAUCAACUUCCAACCAUUGCUAUUGUGGCAUCUUAUGAUACAUUUGGGGCUGCUCCUGCAUUAUCGGUGGGAAGUAACAGCAAUGGAAGUGGCAUUGUGGCUCUUCUUGAAAUAGCAAGGUUAUUCUCUCUUCUCUACUCAAAUCCUAAGACAAGAGGAAGGUACAAUUUACUUUUUGGCCUGACAUCUGGCGGACCAUAUAACUACAAUGGGACUCAGAAGUGGCUUCGGAGUUUUGAUCAACGUUUACGUGAGAGUAUCGACUAUGCUAUUUGCUUAAAUAGUAUUGGUUCUUGGGAUAAUGAAUUGUGGAUUCAUGUGUCCAAGCCUCCAGAGAAUGCCUACAUCAAGCAAAUUUUUGAGGGUUUAUCUAAUGUAGCAGAGGAGUUGGACCUCAAAGUUGGCCUAAAGCACAAGAAAAUAAAUAUUUCUAAUCCUCGAGUAGCAUGGGAGCAUGAACAGUUCUCAAGGCUGAGAGUCACUGCUGCCACUCUUUCUGAACUUUCUGUCACACCAGAACUCCUAGAAAGCACUGGUGGUCUGUUUGAUACCAGACAAUACGUAAAUGAAACUGCAAUUGUUAGAGGUGUGAAGCUAGUUGCUGAAAGUCUUGCGAGGCAUAUCUAUGGCCACCAGGGAAAAAAUAUCCAAAUUUUUGCAGAUGAGAGCAGUUUGGCUGUCAAUCCUGCCUAUAUACGAUCUUGGCUGGAUGUUUUAUCACAAACACCUCGAGUAGCUCCAUUUCUUUCAAAGGAUGACCCUUUUGUCAUGGCAUUGAAAAAGGAGUUAGCUGGUCAUGUUGAUGAAGUGAAUGUGCAACAUGAGACUCUUGAAGGGAUUUUUACUUUCUAUGAUUCGACUAGUGCUAGGCUUAACAUAUAUCAGGUUGCUAGUGUAACCUUUGACUUGCUGUUACUCCUUGUGUUGGGAUCUUAUUUGAUAGUGCUCUUCAGUUUUCUUGUCAUCACAACUAGGGGUCUUGAUGAUCUAAUCAGUUUAUUUCGCCGACCCCCUUCUCGAAAGCUGAAAACUGCUUGAUCGCUUAUAAGCAAAAAUGCAUGGUAUGAGUAUGACUGGUUUUCUGAUGUAGCAUAAACUGAAAUUUCUGAGGUUCUCAGGUUGUUCUCAUUAAUGAUUUUGCUAGUUUAGUUAUACGAGGGAUUGUUUUAAAUGUUGCUCCAAAAUAGAUGGUAGACGUUUAUUUUUUCCAAAAAUGAAAUCAAUCCAAAUGUUGGAAAUUUUUGGUCA